UCACAUAACACAAUGCAAACCACCUAAGAAGCGCAUGAAAGAGAUUUUCUGCCAAAUCACAACAUAUCGCGUGUGCUAACGUAGUUACUGAAAUUAUCACAUAUGCAAAUACAACCAUGACAAAGCCUGUAAGGAAAUCUGAAUCUAGCGAUUGAGUAGAGGACGAGUAGUGAUACGCGACGAUCUUGCGUAAUAUUGUGCGCACGCGCAAGUUUCGAAGUUACAAACAAAAUAAAUGAUGUGUUAUGAAAGUUGCAGAGAUUUGUGAUGAAAAUGGGCUAAGACAAUGGGUUUCCGGGUUUAAAAAAUUUAUGAGUUAUAUAAAGAAAAUAAUAUCAGUGAAUACUUAGUAGAAUAAAUGACAUGCUCUAUGUGAAGUUUACGAAAAAUUGUAACGGAAGGAUUGCAAAGAUUGGUAUAUCCGUCGCCCAAUGAAGGAGACAUGUGGCUGGCCCAUACCCUAAGCCUACUAAUUUGUAUCGCCCAAUACGCUAAGUGCAACCUUCUAGGAGAAUACGAAGAGUUAUCCCGUAACAUUCUCUACCCGCCAGAAGACCAUACGGUUGCAGCACUGCCCGUAGAAGUAGGGAAGGACAAAACUUCUGGAUGCAUUUGUAGAAGCACCAAGAGCCGUAAGGUGAUGGUCUGCUUUGGGAACUACGAGUGCAGAAGGUUUCCUAAGGUAAAUGUGAGAAGCGAACUACUCGUAGUAAGAACGACAGUUUUGCCAGAAAUUCGAGUUGGUGAAUUAGAUGCCUUGCACUAUUUGAAGGCUUUGAAAAUAGAGGCUAAUCAUCAGCUGAAGUACAUUCAGCCAGGACUGUUCCGCAACUUGACGAGGUUGCAGCGAUUAUCAAUAUCUUACAAUACUCAACUACAAGUUAUCCUGGAUGGGACGUUUGCAGGAUUGAAAAGUCUAAGGGAAUUGAAUCUGGUCAAUAAUGGAUUUGUUAACAUUUUACUGCUAACUCCAGCAUUGAAACCCUCGUUAUUACCAUCUCUAAAAGUUCUCGACAUAUCAGAAAACUCAUUUGACACGAUUCCAGAGAACACUUUCGACCCGAUGAAAGGAACGACACUACAUAAGCUCAAAAUAAAUUUAUGUCAACUUGAUUUUAUUCAUCCCAACAGUUUUUUACGUUUACAAAUGCUGCAAGAGUUAGGUAUUGGUGCAAAUGACUUUAAUUCAUCAAUUAUAAGUGAUAUUCUUAUCAGUCUGAAAAGACAUAAUAGGAGCCUUACAACUCUUGACAUAUCCGACAUGGGCUUCCGGAAGCAUCCUCCGAGAAAACUCAUGGAGAUUAUUGCGAAUACAACAGUAGAGAAAUUAACGUUAUCAGACAAUCAAUUUGAGAUAAUUUCUGAUGAUACUUUCCCGAAUAUGCCCAAUAUAAAAGUGUUAAACCUACGAAGAAUCAGUGCGAUACUUGUCAGACCAAGAGCUUUCGAUCCGUUUAAAUUUCCAAAUCUCCGCAUCCUGUUGCUGAGUGGCAACAAUUUGCCCGGAAUUCACUUCAGGCACAUAUCUAACCAACAACUUAUCCUACUAGAUUUAUCAUCUAACAAAGGCACUAACUCUAACCCCAUGUACUUUGAAAUUGACAGAGGGGCGUUCCUCGACUGUAAUGCAUUAAAGGUCCUAAAUUUAGCUUUUAAUAGAAUGAAGUCAAUCUUCGACUACACAUUCAUGGGGUUAGAAAAUCUAAGAAUAUUAAAUUUAGAAAACGGUACCAUCUUUCACAUAGGUGAUGGAACUUUUAAGCCAUUGAAACAUUUAGAAGUGUUAAAUUUAGCCAAUAAUCCUCUAACUGCUAAUCAAAAUUUAACAAGUGGAAUUUUCGAUGGACUGAAUGAAUUGAAAAUGUUAACUCUCAAGAAUUGUGGUAUCAAACAUCUUUACGAUGACGAUAACAUGUUUGAGAUGCUGCCCAAUUUAACUCACCUGAUACUGGCUAACAAUGAAUUGUAUUACAUUACUCCAGAGUUAUUGAAACCGUUGAAAUUGUUGCAAGAGCUGGAUCUGAGUAAUAAUUUGAUAAUGUCGUGGUGGGCACCUUUAUUUUUAUCAUCAGGAGUGAAACCUUGCAAUUUAUAUUUAGGGGACAAUAAAAUUACACAUUUCACGUUAAGUAUGAUGCAGGACAUAAAUUUCUUGCUAGAAAAUAAAAAAAAUUGUUCCAUUGAAAUUGACCUUGAGAAUAAUUUGUUUAUUUGUGAUUGUUCGUCUAUGUACAAGCCCUCCAUGUGGCUGGGAAUUAAUGGUUCUCAAGCACUGAUUGAUUAUUUUGUGCAUUCAAAUUUUUUGUGCAGUAGUCCGGAUGUUUGGGAAGACCGACGAGUGGCAGAUUAUCUCUCAUCGAUUAAGAAUAUGCGCUGUCUGAUGUAUGAUAAGAUCUCAAACAUAAUGCUUUUAGUGUGGACAGCACCGUCAAUAGUCACUUUAAUAAUAGUGGUUAUGAUAAUAGUAUGUGUAUAUAGAUAUAGAAUUUAUAUUAGAUAUUGGUUAUUUUUAGCUAAAUUAGCUUUAGGUAGAAGAUUUAUUAAGAAAUCUUUGAAAGCACCUCCAGACCCUGAGAGCGGGCACAAGUACGAUGCAUUUGUGUCAUACUGUACUGAAGAUAGAGAAUUUGUCGCCGAGCUCAUUAGUCAGUUAGAAUGUUCGCCGCCUUAUUUGAAACUGUGUAUUUACGAGAGGGAUUUUGAAAUAGGUUCCUUUAUAUCAGAAUCGAUAUUAGCUAGCAUAAAUGAAAGUAGGUACAUUAUUUUAGUUAUAAGUAACAAUUUUGCAAAAUCUCAGUGGUGCAGAUGGGAGACUCAGUUGGCUGAAUACCACAGGUUGUUUCUCGAGGACGGAACGUCUUACGAUCCAUUAGUGCUAAUAAGGAUGGAUGACGUGGAGAGCAAAUAUUUAACUACGACUCUAAAGUUUCUAUUGAAGACUAAGAUAUAUUUGUCGUGGGACGAACAGAAAUCUGAAGAGUUUUGGAAGAGAUUACGAAAUGUUCUCAAUAAAAAUAGAUAGCAAAUCUACUUUUUAAGAGUUUGUUGUUAAUUUUUUAUUAAAAUCUUUUUACAAUU